CCAUCGCCGAUCUUUCUCCUUCACCGUCAAAAGCUCCAAUGGAUACGCAACCCACGAAAGCCAAGAAGGGCGCCGCCGGCAGGAAACUUGGCGGCCCGAAGAAGAAGCCCGUCACUCGUUCCGUCCGCGCCGGACUUCAAUUCCCGGUGGGGAGAAUCGGUCGCUACCUGAAGAAGGGCCGGUACGCCCAACGUGUCGGUACCGGAGCUCCGGUCUACCUCGCCGCCGUUCUCGAAUACCUGGCCGCCGAAGUAUUGGAGUUGGCCGGAAAUGCCGCCCGGGACAACAAGAAGAACAGAAUCAUCCCCAGGCACAUUCUUCUGGCAGUCAGGAACGACGAAGAGCUCGGGAGGUUGCUCGGUGGAGUGACGAUUGCGCACGGCGGGGUUCUGCCGAACAUCAACCCGGUUUUGCUGCCCAAGAAGAAAGACAGCGACGCUACCGGAAAGGAACCAAAGAAGAGCACCCCAAAGUCGCCGAAGAAGACUGAUGCUUAAACGUGUUGAGUAGUGCCCUGUUCUGGAGGACUGCCUGGUUUAUUUUGCCUGUAGAUUGUUCUGUUCGAUCAAGUAAUAGAUGUAUACAAGGCUUACCUUUUGUUUAGAUCUGUCUAAAGUUUUGAUUAUCUAUUAAUGAAAGCAUCUUGUUUUAUCCCUUGUUCUGCUUGAAAUCUUACAUAACUAAGAAUUGUUAUCUUAGAACAUCUUGAUUUAUUGAGAAACAUAUGAAAUUUUGUUUUCGAAAGCAUAGAACAUCUUUCAAGUUCA